AUGGAUGCCCCUGUACAGAUUUUCCGGGAGGAGUUGGACUCCACCUGCACACCGGGGCCCUGUCGCCCUCCCAGCACCAGCAGCAGCUGGCCCCUGGGCUGGGCGGACUAUGACAGCAAUGCCACUGGGACCUUUGGGGACACCCAGCACAACCACACCAGCAUCUCCCCUUCCAUUCCCAUCAUCAUCACUGCUGUCUACUCGGUGGUCUUCGUUGUUGGCUUGGUGGGAAACUCUCUGGUGAUGUUUGUCAUCAUAAGAUAUACAAAGAUGAAGACAGCAACCAACAUCUACAUUUUCAAUCUGGCUAUGGCAGAUGCGCUAGUUACUACGACUAUGCCUUUCCAAAGCACAGAGUACCUGAUGAACUCUUGGCCAUUUGGGGAUGUGCUGUGUAAAAUAGUUAUUUCAAUCGACUAUUAUAACAUGUUUACCAGCAUAUUCACACUGACCAUGAUGAGCGUUGAUCGAUACAUUGCUGUAUGUCACCCUGUGAAGGCUCUGGACUUCCGUACUCCUCUCAAGGCAAAGAUAAUCAACAUCUGUAUCUGGCUGUUGUCCUCAUCUGUUGGCAUAUCUGCCAUAGUUCUUGGAGGUACCAAAGUCAGGGAAGAUACUGCUAGCACUGAAUGCUCCUUGCAGUUCCCAGACAGAGACUAUGUGUGGUGGGACAUCUUCAUGAAAAUCUGUGUCUUUGUCUUUGCAUUUGUUAUUCCAGUACUCAUUAUAAUUGUUUGCUAUACCUUGAUGAUCCUGCGCCUUAAAAGUGUACGACUUCUCUCAGGGUCUCGAGAAAAAGAUCGAAACCUGCGCCGCAUCACCAGGUUGGUUCUUGUGGUUGUGGCAGUUUUUAUCAUCUGUUGGACUCCUAUCCACAUUUUUGUGCUGGUUGAGGCACUGGGGGAUGUGUCCCACAGUACUGCUGCUGUAUCCAGCUAUUAUUUCUGCAUUGCUUUGGGGUACACCAACAGCAGCCUCAAUCCUAUCCUUUAUGCCUUUUUGGAUGAAAACUUCAAGAGGUGUUUCAAAGACUUCUGCUUCCCCUUUAAGAUGAGGAUGGACAGGCAGAGUACCAGCAGAGUUCGAAACACCGUGCAAGACCCAGCUUAUAGGAGGGAAGCAGAUGGGACAAACAAACCUGUAUGACUAGUCGUGGAAAUGUCGUCUUACUGUCCGCAAGAGAGAGAAGAGUCCAACGAUCUUGGACUGACACAGAUUACGACUGCAGUUUGAACUAGACUCAGUCAG